AGCGCUUUGCGCUUUGGAAGGAAGAUUAAUACUACUAGUGCGUAUCAGUUGUGGUCCGGUGGGAUCAUUUAAAACAGGGUUUAUGCAUGAAAAGUGUAAUUUAAUAUGUCAAAUGUUUUAACCAGUUAUGGUUGCUCAGGGACUUAAUUUCGUUGCGACUUUGGUUUUAGUUCAAAACAUCAUUCAGAGCGUUUCCGCCAACAAUUUUGUAUGUGCGUCAACUUUUAACAGCGUAAUAGACGCAUGUCCUAGUGAAAGAACAACUCGUAUCACCGACAUAGCCAGUAUUGUCAUAGAUACCGACUCGGCAGACAAUGACACAACCGAAUGCCUUUGCUUGGUGUCGCCAAUCAUAUCUGGUUCAAGGACUCAAAUACAAAUUUCCUUCGCCACCGGAUCGCCAACCGAGAACAGAACAAUAAUUCUCCCUGAUGGGAACUCGCUGUUAAAAGGGGCUAGUAGCUUGAUUUUCAGUGAACCACCGUGGUUGUUGAAUUACACCAGCAAAGACGGAACAACACUGUUACCAUCAUGUUUCCAAUUGGAAGCUUCUAUCGGACGAUUCCGUGUCGAAUGUUCAACCAGUGUGGACAUGCUUCACUCGGCCCAGCACAGAAAUGAGUCAUAUUAUUCAAACAACAGAGACGAAACGACUCAUACAACAACAAUGCAUGCGAAUGAACAGAACACAUCAGUUACCAUGACUACGAGUGUGGAUGUGAAAGAAAGUUCAAGAGACAGAAAUACCGAUGUUGUUGCAUUAGCAGUCUGCGUAACUGUGAUUCCAGUUGCACUUGGCAUGGCAGUUGUUGUGGUACUCCUGGCACGCAGAAAGAAAAUCACGAAGUCCAAGGCAAUAACUGCGAACACUGCGAACACUGGAGCUGAUUACUAUGAUCUUCACGAAAUCAACGAUGAGAAAAACAAUGAGAAACCCAGUACUACUAUGAAGGAAAAUGCAAUCGAUUGAGCGUUUUCACAAUGUCGUAUAAUGGCUUUGCCUAUACAAUUAGUGCUAUGAAUAUAAUUGUUUUUUUUCUUAAUUUAUUCAUUAUACUCGUAUGGUGCUUAUGUAUGCUUUUUCACUUGGAGUUGUCUUCUUUAUCAUUAAAAGUAGGGAACAUUAACAUAAUAUUUUUUUGUUAAAUAUUUGUCAAAAGGUUAUAUAUCCAUUGUUCUUACACUGCAAAGAGUAAACUAGCCAGAUCAUGUACGCAUCAAUAUGAAUACUGUUCCCGUUCGUUGUGGUUCACUUUCUGCUAUAACGACAUGUUCAAAAAUGUGUUUUUUUAUUAACAUUUGACUUACUAUUUGAUUAACAAGUAUGUUGAGUUUAUUGGAAAGCUUUCCCGUUAUCACACAAUACAUGCAAUGGCAAAAAAGAGCAACAAAUUUAUAUUAGAUAUUGUCCCUCAUUGUAAUACCAACCAUUUGAGCAAAUACUGACACAACUUAUGAACUUGUCCAGCUCUGCAAAUACUAUUGAGUGUGUGCUUCGUGUUUUCUGCAUUCUUUUUUAUUUAUUUGGGGGCGUAUGUUUGUAAACAAUGCAUAUAAUGCAUCUUUAUAUAAAGAUUGGCACGAUUCUCAAAUGCAAAUACGCAAUGUUUUUUUAACAUAUACAAGUAUUAUUUUUAUAACACUAUAUAUAACGUAAAACAAUAAAAAAGCACGUGUUUCA